AUGAGCACGGCGCUACUCCGAAGCCGCCCAAAUACUGCGGCGCUCAGGAGGAUCUGUCUUGUAUCACAUGGAGGUCAAUUUCCGAAACCUCGCUCCUCAAUUGGCAUUGCUGCAUCUCGUGCUUUACAUACGACCCGGCGGCGACCAGUGACCCAACAGCGUAUCUCAAAUAUCCUGCGCAGUGCGUCGUUAUCAGUCCGAUAUGAGUCAACAGGAAAGGACCCAAUGGCUAAAGCUGCCCGCAAAUCCCCCGCCCUCAACAUACUCGUAAAGAGCUUCACGUACUGUGGAUUUUUCAUUGUCAUGACCGGCGUUGCAGUAGUCGCGUUCUUCAUCUACGAUGCGACCACGUACCGAGAAGAUCCUAGCUCAGAAGACAUUCCUGUGUCUGAAUUGGCACUUAACCCUCGACGCGGGGGACCGAAGAACCUGCCUAUAGCGGAGGUCCUGGUGGGAGACAAUGACUCGGAGGCGAUGGUGCAGCAGAACGACAAGCCACGUUUGGUCAUUCUGGGAACGGGCUGGGGCAGUAUCGCGCUUCUCAAAAAUCUUAAUCCUGGCGAUUAUCACGUCACGGUUGUAUCGCCGACGAACUAUUUCCUUUUCACGCCUAUGUUGCCCUCCGCCACCGUUGGGACUCUAGGGCUGCGCUCGCUUGUUGAGCCAGUCCGGCGGAUCAUCCAACGGGUUCAUGGUCAUUUCUUGAAGGCCGAGGCCGAAGAUGUGGAUUUCUCGGAGAAGCUGGUUGAGGUGUCUCAAGUUGAUGCCAAUGGCAAAAAGCAGAACUUUUACCUUCCGUACGACAAGCUGGUGAUCGCUGUUGGAUGCGUCACAAACCCCCACGGUGUCAAAGGACUCGAGCAUUGUAAUUUCCUGAAGACGAUCGACGAUGCUCGUAAAAUCAAGAACAAGGUCCUCGAGAACAUGGAGUUGGCUUGUUUACCGACUACCAGUGACGAGGAACGUCGGCGUCUGUUGUCGUUCGUUGUCUGUGGCGGUGGCCCGACAGGCGUUGAGUUCGCGGCCGAAUUGUUCGACCUGCUGAACGAGGACCUACUUCGCUCGUUCCCCAAAAUUCUGAGAAAUGAGAUCUCCGUUCACAUCAUUCAGAGUCGGAGUCAUAUCCUGAACACUUACGAUGAGGCUGUGUCCAAGUAUGCCGAAGCCCGUUUCAACCGUGAUCAUGUUGAAGUCCUGACAAAUGCUCGAGUAAAGGAGGUUCGCGACGACAGAGUUUUGUUCACUCAAGUCGAGAAUGGCCAGCCGGUGGUGAAGGAGAUCCCGAUGGGUUUCUGCUUGUGGUCGACCGGAGUUGCUCGCGCUGAACUCUGCAAGAGACUCUCAGACAAGCUCGAGGCUCAGAACAACAAGCACGCUUUGGAAACCGACACUCACCUGCGUCUAAUCGGAGCUCCUCUGGGUGACGUGUAUGCCAUCGGUGACUGUUCGACCGUCCAGAACAAGGUGGCCGAGAAUAUCAUUUCUUUCCUGCGUACUAUCGCCUGGGAGAAGGGCCAGGAUCCCGAGAAAAUCCACCUCACAUUCCGGGAAUGGAAAGACGUAGCCAACCGAGUCAGGAAGCGCUUCCCCCAGGCAGCCAACCACCUCCGCCGGCUAGACAAGCUCUUUGAACAGUAUGACAAGGACCACUCCGGUACCCUCGACUUCGGCGAACUGCACGAACUCCUCCACCAGAUCGACACCAAGCUCACCUCCCUGCCCGCUACCGCCCAGCGCGCCAACCAACAAGGCGAAUACCUGGGCCGCAAACUCACCAAGGUCGCAGCCGCGCUCCCCGGCAUGCGAGCCAACGAGAUUGAACACGGUGACGUCGACGACAUCGUCUACAAACCCUUCAAGUAUAAGCAUCUCGGCAGCCUGGCGUACAUCAGCAACGCGGCCGUCUUCGACUUCGGCGGUCUCAAUUUCAGCGGUGGCGUUCUGGCCAUGUACCUCUGGCGAAGCGUCUACUUCGCGGAGAGCGUCAGCUUCCGCACGCGGUGCAUGCUGGCCAUGGACUGGGCCAAGAGAGCACUCUUCGGAAGAGGUCCGUUCCCUUCGCAUCUACUCUUCUUUCUCGUGAUUCCAUAA